AUGUUGAAGCAGUUCAACAUCAGCAUGCCGUUCGUGGAAGCACUGUCGAAGAUGCCCAAGUACGCUAAAUUUAUGAAGGACCUCCUCACCACAAAGAAGAAACUUGGGAAUCUUUCGACAGUGAUGCUGAGCGAGGAGUGUUCUGCUAUCUUGCAGAACAAGCUGCCCGAAAAGCGCAAAGACCUAGGGAGUUUUACUAUCUCUCUUGUUAUUGGCAGCAUGCAUGUAGGAAAGUCCUUGGCGGACCUAGGCGCUAGCAUUAACGUCAUGCCUUACAAAUUGUUUAAAAAGCUAGACCUAGGUGAACCUAGAGCUACUAGGAUGAGCAUUCAGUUAGCUGACCGUUCUAUUGUGCAUCCUAGGGGUAUCAUAGAGGAUCUGCUUGUUAAUGUGGGUGCAUUCACAUAUCCUGUUGAUUUUAUUAUUCUGUAUAUAAAUGAGGAUGUGGAUGUGCCUUUGAUUUUGGGUAGACCAUUUCUCGCCACCGCAAAGGCGCUUAUUGAUGUGCAUAGUGGUAAAUUGAUAUUGCGUGCUGGGGAUGAACAUGCUACUUUUUCUGUGUCUGAGAAUGGGAAACACUCCCAUUUGCAUGAUGACCUAGAUUACUGUGAUGUGCUUAUUGAUUUUGAGACCGCACUCGCUAUAACGAGUGCAUGGACUGACGAUGCUCUUAAGCAUUGUAUUUUUCUAGGUGAGCAGGCAUCGCAGGAGCCGCAGUUGGAGGAGUAG